UCUGACCUGCUCCCUGUGCCCGCUGCGGCUGUUUGCCUCUGAGGGAACUUCCACUUUGUGUCCGGCAGGUAGAUCAGGAGGAUGAGGCACCUGACGUCUAAUUUAUUCUUCACCACUGGACUGAUGAUGGGAUUUUUCUCCCUCCACUUUCUGUUGGAGGCGAACCUUUCAGCAGAACAGCUCAUAAAAUCUGGGAGGGAAGCAGUCAAGCAGGAAGUCAAACCAGAUUCCCAGCAUGUACUCACCGGUGAGAACAAGAGCUCAGCGGCUAAUUCCACUCACACAAUACGGAUCUUGUGUUGGAUCAUGACGGGGCCCAAGAACUUGGAAUCCAGAACCAAGCACAUCAGGGAAACGUGGGCCAAGCGCUGCGACAAAGUACUGUACAUGAGCUCCGUCAAGACUGACUUCCCUACUGUGGAGCUGAAUGUGACCGAGGGAAGGGAUAAUCUCUAUUGGAAGACUAUUCGAGCCUUUCAGUACAUCCACCAGCACCACCUGGACGAAGCAGACUGGUUCCUGAAAGCGGAUGAUGAUACGUUUGUGGUCGUAGAGAAUCUACGCUACACCUUGUCCAAAUAUGAUACAGAGAAGCCGUUGUACCUGGGCAGAAGGUUUACCCCCUUCGUCAAUCAAGGUUACAUGAGUGGAGGAGCAGGUUAUGUCCUUAGUAAGGAAGCACUGAGAAGAUUUGUUAAAGGGUUCGAUACGGGGGAAUGUACCCACUUCUCCACUAUAGAAGACAUGGCUCUUGGGAAAUGUAUGGAGACAAUGAAGGUGGAGCCAGCAGACUCCAGAGACGUGAAGGGGAGACAAACAUUCCAUCCUUAUCCUCCAGACCACUACCUGAUCAGACAACCCCCAAGACCACGACCUUGGUUUCUGAUUUACGAACACUAUGCUCCAAUAGAGGGUCCAGGUUGCUGCUCAGAUUUUGUUGUGUCCUUCCACUAUAUUUAUGCUGUCCAGAUGUAUGUUUUGGAGUACCUGACGUACCAUCUGCGGCCAUAUGGAUACCAAUACAGAUUUAAUCCUGAUGAAAAAACUGAGUUUAACAACACGACCAAAUCCAUGUAAAAUGUUGGUGUCUGCACAAAAGCCUUUGCACUCAUUGGAAAAGGACUUGAGGGUAUUGGUCGGUUAGAGCCAGGCUUAGUUUACUUAUCAUAUUAUACUUUGCCUGCUAAACCAUUCUUGCCAAGGUCAACUGUGAAAACUGUUGGAUGUUUCUGAUGUGAAUAGAUCUGUUUUACUAUGCUGUCACUUGUCUCACUGUGUGCAAUAUGAAAUGAAGAUUCAAAUUUUAAGAUGGCACAUGCCUUUAAUCUGUCGUUCUUAUUUUGUCUUUUAUGACAAUGCUGCAAAUGUACAAUAUGUACUGCACUUCAAGAAGGGCAUCUUGGAAAUCUGUGUACUCUGUUGAAGUUGCUGAAAAAAGCUUAAUGUAUAGUUUGACAGCAACAUGAGUAAACCACAUUAACUAUAUAUAUAUAGCACCUUUCUUAACAUUACAAGGGGCUGUUCAAGCAAUAGGCAUAACAAAACUAGAAUUACACCUAAACCGUAAAAACAAGUGCACAAAGCUGCUGCCAUAAGAAUUUUAAAAAGCCUUUUUCUAAAAAAGAGUUUUUAAAUGAGAUUAAAAGUAGUCACUGAGCUGCUGAAACUGAAGUCUUCAGGCAGGCUGUUGCAGAGGGCAUUGGUAGCCAAGGCCCUAAAACAACCAGUAGAACCAUAUCAGAGAACCUCGGGUUACAACCUGCCACAUAAGGGAUUAGGAGCUCACUGAGGCAGCUCUUUGCCAGACAGUGAAGAGCUUUAAAAGUUUACAAUAAAUCUUACAAUCAAUUCCAAAUUUAACUGGUAUCCAGUGAAUGCAGCUAAAACUGGAGAAGCUUGUUCUUGUUCCAGUAAUAUGUGACUGCAUUCUGCUCAAGCUGCAGGCAGUGUAAUGAGGUUUGGCUGAGACAGGAGUAAGGGGUGUUGCAGUAUUCUAGGCAAGAAGAGACUGGGGCAUUAACAACUCCAUUGAGAUAUGACUAGAUAAGAAAGGUAGUAUAUUAUAAAUGUUUCUCAGGUGCAGCAAGCAAGAUUGAACUACCCUUUUUGCCUAUGAGAUGACCUGGGGGAACAUAUAGACAGAAAAUAAUAAAUGACCAAGGUUAGACCCUUGUGGAACAAAUAAUAAUGGAGAUCUAAAGGGAGCGGAGGACUUAAAGGCACAGUGUGUAAGAUAUGGCCAGAUUUUCUUUCUUAAAACAUUAAUAAAAUUAACUAAAAAUUGUCAACAGAAUGUGAAGAAGUAACAGUUCUGACUGGAUGUUAGACUUCUUUGUAUUGUGUUGCAGAGAUAUCUACAGAAGUUAGCAUGCUAACCAGCUAACCCCAGCCGUCCGCUCUUGUAAUACCAUUUUUUACCUCAAGAGGUGAUAGUCUGAUAGUAUAGCCCCCCUGUAGUUUCAGCUGGGAGAUGGAUACGAGUUUGCUACAUUUCACAAGCGCUCUUAGUUUUUUAGUCUUCUAAAAUAGACAAAAUAAAUAUCCUUACAUCAAUUGUCUUCAUUGAAGAGAAAAAUACAACCAUACACAUUCUGAAUUCAAGUUUUGCUCUUUUUCCAAACUUAUUUGCCAGAUUAACUCAUUGUGAAAUGAUUCAUGAUUUCAUUCAUGAAAUGAAUUUCAUGUACGAAAAACCACAGCUUUGUGGUCUCACACUCAAACAUCAAAAGGAAACAGAAGUUCUGGAAAUUCCUCAACCAAACCACAGUUCUGUUUUGGGGUCCUGGGUCCUUGCCAUUAAUAAAAAAUGAAUUCAUAAAGUUUCUUCUAAAUGUCAGCCCUUUGCCCCCCCCUUAUCAGGCUUGGCAGGUUAAACUAACAGAAGUUCGGGGGAGUGUUUUUUGAUGAGAGGAACAAUGUCCUCCAGGCUUAACCAGGUCCCGGGGAUCAUAAAAAAUUCAAUGUUGUGUGAUGAGAUGAAAUUAUGACUGAUAAGACUUGUUAGAUGGAGACCUGACAUUUAAGAUACACUUUAGCAGAGGAAGUGACAGGUGGAAUGUGAUUAGUGGGAGUGAUGGAUUGUACUGCAUGGCUACAGGUAAUCUGGAUCAAGUUCCAAUGAUUUCCUGUGGUUGUGUGAACAGGGCUGACAUUUGUGAUAAGGGGAAUCAGUGAGAAUGAAUCUGAAUAACCUGGAGAUGACCUGGAGAAACUACCAGAGCAGGACAUUGGACGGCGGGGGGUAUAGUGGCCUGAGUUGAAACCAGGGAAGCAGAGAGGGAUCGUAUGUUGGACGUAAACAGUCAAUCACGUGGGGAAGAUAGUGUGGCAUGCUAUAAGUUGGCUGGAAGCAUGCAAUCAGGGAACUUGGGAUGAAGAACAUCUCAUGCAAAGAGAGAAGAGCAGCAAUAAAUCAAAAUUGUGAACAACAUCAAUGCUGUAGGCAAUGCAAGCCAGAGGUGAGAAGGCUGAGGAUGCCGCUCAAACAUGCACCUCAUCUGCCUGAUGUGAGAAUGAGACCAGAGAUGUGGGCGGCCUUUCCACUACUGCUGAGCAAGGUUUGAAACCAAGUGUCCUUUUUCAAGAUGUCAGGGGUUGCAGCUCCAGGAAAGCAGCGUCUGACUGUGAGGAUUAUGGAAUCCUAUCAAUAUAGUAGAGGAAGCAGAGUGGAUGGUCCUGGAGAGUGCUGUGUUGGUUGAAUGUUUCUGGGAUCAAUGGGAUCAGUUUUAAAAUUGCAUUUUAUUUUGUGAAGCACUUUGUAACAUUGUUAAGAAACGAAAGUUUAUUUUUAUUAUGUAUCAGCUGUGUGUACAUCUUAAAUGUCAUAUCUGUAUCUGUGGUGGUCACUGAAAUGGGCAAUCUUUAAGAAAUUAUAUUUCAUUUAUUGAAAAAAGUUUAUUUUGUUUAACUAGCAUGUUCUAUCUAUU